AGAAAAUCCAUUUGCAUUUUUAAAAAUGAAACUAAGUUUUUAGUUUAUUCGUUUACAGAUGGCGCAACCAAUCCUUGAAUCGCUGAUAUGAAAAAUAUUUUAUUUGUAACGUCUACUUCUAUGCCAGAGAUAUCUCUGUUCUAUGCUCUCAUUCACGAUUUUCCGAUGACGUGUAUAUUUUUUAGGUUAUGAAAACAACUUGUCUGAAAACUUAAUUUCUAAAUUAAAUUUUUGCAAACUGUAUUGUAAAUUCUAGAUGAAAUUUUUCAUAAUUCAUUAGGACUUUAUUGAAUUUUUGAAAUGGGGAUUGCUAUUAGUAAAGAUUUGGAUUUUCAUCAAAAUGAUUACCUCCAAAAAUUUGUUAGUAAAGAAAUUUUGAAUUUGAAUGACCCAUUUUGGAAUAGACUUCUAACAUUUAAUUUAUCAAUACCUACUAACAGAAAUGACCAGCUUGCUUUCGAAUCGAGAAUAGAGCCUUGUUGUCAAGAAUUGCUGAAAUAUAAUGCAAUUUCUGGAAACUUCGGUACGCUUAUUGAUCUAUUUCUUUUAAGAUCUUCAGAGUUAUUGGCAGCUAGUAAUUCUGAUGCUGAUCUUUUUAAUUGGCAAUUAUUCAAUGCACUUUUCAUUUUGAGAUGUGUUCUUAAAUUCUUCAUGGAAAUUCUGUCAGAAGAAGAAAUUAUCAAACAAAUAGAAAUAAAUGGAGAUAAUACUAGACUGGAAUCAUUAAUAGGAGCCCUAGUUGGAAUUUUGGUAGAUGUACCUAUCAAAGAUUCUACAUAUGCUAUACACUUGGAAGCUACUACAACACUUCUUAUACUUUUAUCAGUUCCUAUUCAUUCUGGCAAGAGACCAGAUGAUUGUUUUGUCUAUCGAUUAAUCAUGAAAGGGAAACAUAUUAUUCAUGCUCCUUUAUUAGUUAAAAAAUUACUAACAAAUUUUAUGAAGCAAGAGAGAAAUUCAUAUAGGUUUGGAUCUGGACAAGGAAAUAGUUUAGUUUUAGGUAUUGCUUCUGGAUUAUGGUCCAUACUUACCUUCAAUAGCAAAACUUCUGUUGAAAGUGAUAAUUUGGAAAAAGCUGAUUUUUAUGAAGUUCCUCUUGCGUCACAGAGUUUACUUUUAGUUUUGGUGUUGGUUCAUCACUGGACAACUCGAACAAAUCCAUACCGUAACAGUUUAUUUUCUUGCGCUAAUUAUGAAGAUAACACACCUAUUCUUCCUACGAGCAAUGGCACAUUAUUCAAAUUGGAUUUCAGUUCCCUUUAUCAAACAUUAUGUAAGCGAGCAUCUGGGGAAGCAGAAACGUUAUUGCUCUAUUUACUGUUACAUCGAAAUCCCAAUUUCAAAAAAUUUCUUAUGUUCAGGAUUGAUAUAGAACAAUUGGUGAUCCCCAUUCUAAGAACUUUGUACAAUGCCCCCACUAGUAAUUCCCAUCAUAUUUAUAUGUCUUUAAUAAUAUUGCUGAUUCUAAGUGAAGAUGACAAUUUCAAUAAGACUAUUCAUGAAACGAAAUUGAAAAGUAUUUUAUGGUAUACAGAAAGAGCCUUAAAUGAAAUAUCUUUAGGUGGUCUUCUAAUCUUAGUUGUGAUCCGAACUAUACAGUACAACAUGCUUAAAAUGAGAGAUAAAUAUCUUCACACAAAUUGUUUAGCUGCGUUAGCAAACAUGUCUGCAGAAUUUCGCAAUUUACAUCCAUAUGUCAGCCAGCGUUUGGUUUCGUUAUUUGAAACUUUAGCAAAAAAGUACCAAAGAUUAGUACAAACUUUAGAUAAAAUUAAGAAAGGAGAAGAAACCAGUAUUGCAGUGAAUGAUGAUACAGAUUUGGAACAAGACAUUUCUGUUCUUGAAGAAGUCUUAAGGAUGCUCUUGGAGAUUUUGAAUUCUGGACUUUCAAAUCAGUUGAUUCAAAAUCCGAAUUUAGUCUACACCUUAUUAUACAAAAAACAAGUAUUUGAAAUGUUCAAGAAUAAUAUUGUGUUCCAAGAUAUCAUCCAUAAUAUUGAGAUAAUAAUGCAAUAUUUUUCACAAUUACUCACUGAUAAAUCUCAACAGUAUGAAGUUGAUGCAACCCAAGUUCUACUGACCAUUCAGCAGGGUGCAAAAAGUUGGCCAAAGGAUAAAUUAACUAGAUUUCCAGAAUUGAAGUUCAAGUAUGUAGAAGAGGAAUCACCUGAGGAAUUUUUCAUACCAUAUGUUUGGGAAUUGGUGAAUCAACAAUCAUUUUUGCACAUAAAUAAUGAAAAUAAUACAAUAACUGCAACUUGCUAGCAUUAAAAUACAUAGUAUAAAACCAAAAAAAUGGAGAUCAUUUCCUUGUGCAUAUAAGUAUUACCUGAAAUGAUUUUCGACAUUGUAAAUAAUUAGUUUACAUAAUUUGUAUUUAUGUUCAUAUGUAAAGAACUAAUAAAUCUUAAUAUAUUUGUAAAUAAAUUAUUUAUCAUAUAUCCAUUUUUUCCAACGGGACCAACGAAAGUUUUAUCAGAUUAAACAAAACUUUCAAUAUAAUGAAAGUACACCCAGUAAAUUUCAUUAAAGUAGUUGAAGAUAUUUUUUUCGCUCAUGUGAAGAGCAAAAUUUAACUUUGAAAUUGCUAUAACAAUAUUUUAUAUGCAAAAAUAAUUAAAAUCAUUUUUUUCACCUUUCUGUUGCUUUGGUUUCUUAUUACUUCUCGGUUUAUUUUGAAGCAUUGCGAACACUUUUGUGAUGAAAAAACUUUUUGGUCUCCAAUUUCCAAAUUUUUACUGAAUAAAUGCAUUUCAUCAUGCUAUCUGCUUUUUGGAUCUUCAUAGUUAACUUGAAUUCCCGACACCAGUCUGCGACCUUACACAAAAUGAGCCUGGCAAACCUCAUCAACUCAUCCACAUCCGCAGAUCCAACCA